UUCAGUCCGUCAUCCUCCCAUAAAUCCUACUGGUCGUCUCCUACUCCUCCAGCAAAAAAUCCAAAUUCUUAUCUUCGCAAAGAACGAAUAAAACUCAUCAGCUGUUCUCCUUCGUGACUUUAUACUCUCAAGAAAUAAAGUCCCAUUCCCGCAUUAAUUUUGUUCGCUGUUAUUAAACGGAUAGUGCAAAAUCUUACAGCAAUUGUCGAUUAGUAAUAAAAUAGUACAGCAAAUGUCGAGAAAAGGAGGAGCUGCUCUGCCACAAGAUGUCCCUUGGAGAGCAUCCUCUGCUGCGAAACCAAUUCCGAAAAUUCAUCACUCUCCCGUUCUUCGCGUCCCUCAGACCCCUUAUUCCAAUUACGCCUUCUCCGUUAUGAAGCAUGAAGAUCCAAUUGGGAGUGGGCUAGGUAAAGAGGCUGUGGUUGAAGCUGCUGGGCCAGACUGCCUUGUGCCUGGACAAACUGCCCCCAUCAAAUUACUUGGUCUUAAGAUAUGGCCCAUUGAAAUGGACUUGAAGUUUAUGGAACCUGUUGGGCGGGAACUGAAAUCAAUUGGAAGAUUCAUGGAUUCAGCUGUAGAUCUUAUGAACAAAUCGUUUAUUGAUCGCUAGUCGAUAUAUUUGGAAUGCGCAAGUCUGCUGCUAGAGCUGCAGUAGGACAUGCAGAGGACUCCUGGGAAAUGGACUGCGACGACAUUCUGUUUUAGUCAUCUGAAUGUGUUCUAUUUUUCCUGUCCAAAGUUGCGCUUUAACAAUCUGGAAGUAUGUACAUUGAAGAGUUAAUUCAAACGGCAAUUACACUAAGAGGAUAUAUUUUAAUCCUUGAAGUCGAUAUUCACUUUCUCUUUUGGUCA